AUGAAGGCCGAGGCAGGGAGGAGCCCCAAGGGCGAACCGCCCACCGCGGUGUACCUCCAAGUGUACCAAAAGAUAAGCAUUUACUACGAGUGUGCAAUUAACGAAGAAGAAAGAAAAAACAAAAGACUGUUGAAGAAAAAUAAAAGCAUUCAUGAAUUGAAGCAAGUACAAAAAGAGCUAAUAGAUUUCUUUGACGAAAAUGUGGAGCUGUUUUCCAACCCAUUUCAUUUCUUGCAGUACGAAGAGGAGGAUGUGAAUAAAAAUGAUCUGAGGAAUUAUAUCGCAGACAACCACUCCUACUUAUUAACCUACAUGGAGGAUAUUAUUAAAUGCUCCGUCAUGCUGAACCGAAAUGCAAUGCGUGUGUGUUCCAUGUUUAACGAGGUGUACCAAAGAAUUCAAAAUGAGUGUGUAAAAAGUGAAUUAACGAAAUCUCAGUUUAUAUGUGAAGUUUUUAAGGCCUGUAUUGAAAAGGAAAAUUUAAUCGUCAUGAUAUUUUUUACCAUUUUAAAUUACCUGAACAAAAAUGAAAAAAUUGGAGUGACCACAAGAUAUGGCCACUUGAGGUCGCCUAAAAAUGAGUACUGUAGUGAGGAGAAGGAUGAAAAUUUGACAGACCUGGAGGGGGGGACGAAGCGUGGACAAGGACACGUUGUUGGUGAUGGGGAUGGAGAUGAGGGGGAUGGAGAUGAGGAGGAGGCAGAUGAGGGGGAAGCAGACGAUGAAGAUUUGAGGACAUCCACUGGAGCCACCUCCUCUUCGAACAACUCCAUCAGCAGCCUGCGCAUGCCCAGGAGAGCCUCCAGGGAGUACAGCUCCAACACCAGAAUUAAUGGGGACAGAUUUUCUUUAUACAUUUUGACCCAAUUGACGGAAAAUGAUUUCGUGGAAAAUAUAAUCUCGGAGGUUGAAAAAAUUUUAAAAUUUUUAAUCAAGUAUGAUGAUGUUUGUAUGAAAAUGGAUUACGUCUUUAGUUACAAAGCUCAUAAGAUAAACGUUUUGUUCAACUUGGUAGAUAUUCUUUUCUUAUACUUUUCCAAAUUUCAUGCCACCAGCACUCAAGUUACCAGCUUAUUUAAACUCAUUAACCAUGUGGUAUCGGCCAAGUACUUUGAUUUUGUUACCACAGAUCAUUAUGUGAAGGAGCUAGACAGCUUGCUAUUUGUUCAGGCGAGGAAGAAGAGGAAAAGGUUUUUCAAAUACUUGAAGACUGUUCGUAAUAGUAAAUUCGUUUCGCAAAUGGAGGAGUACUACCGCCUAGAUAUACCAGUCGAGGCCAUCCCCUUUGGCAGCCAACAUCAGAAUAGCGGCAGCGGGGGACCGGGCCCCAUUGGGGAAAAUUUUCCCGGCGGGACGGAACCCAAGCCGUUUGACGGGGUACCACUAAGUGCGGCAAAUCCCGCGCAGGGAAACCUCCCCAGCAUCUUAAUAAAUGGCCAAGAGCAGGGCAAGGGGGAAAGCGGUAAAGGGGACAGCGUCACACCGGCCACUGCGCUGACGAACUACGCCAGCGGCCUGCCCCCUCCCAAUGUGUCCCGGGACGGAAGGCACAAGCUCUACGAGCAACAGAGCGACAAGCUGAGGAACAACCACUACCUGAACAGAUGCCUAGACUGCCAGGGCUAUUGGUACAACUGUAAUUGUAGCUUAAACGAUUUUGACAUUUCUAGCCUAACCCUAACGACGCAGAUCAGCCUGCUGCUCAUAUUGUGUUUGCAACCAAACGUAGAAAAAUAUGUGUACGAGAAAAGGAAAAAUAUUAUUGUGGAGGACACCUCCCCCAGUAAAGAAGACGUUACUUACCUACUUGAACGGAAAAAGGAAAAAAUUAAUUUCCACAGUUUUUAUUACCCCGAUACGUGGAAGUACAACUGUAUGAGUUCGCACAAGGAGCUGAAACAUUUGAACAGUUUGAAGAAUACCUACUCGGUGAGUUCUUCCUUUAUAAAAGAAAACGUGUCGCACUAUUAUGCCUUCUUUACUAAAAUAAAUGAGGAGGAGAAGAGGAAAAGGAAGAACAUCAAAAGUGCAGACAGGGUCCUUGGGUCAGGACAAAUAUCGGCAGAACAAAAUUCUCAAGGAGAUUAUUUCUGGAAGGGGGGAAAUGUUUCUGAAGGGGCAGCAGAAUCCAUGGAGGUAGACCCGAAUGUUAUUAUUUUAAGAUUUGUCGUAAGUCUGUUCACACAUAACAAGGAGGAGAUUUUCUGGGCCAUCUUUGAAGGAAAUUUUUUCAAAAUUUUUUAUGACCUGGUGCUUAAAAAAAUUUCCAGUGCGACACUUGUGGGUACUCUUAUGUUUCAUCUGUUUCAUAUUUUUUUUUCCUACUCCUUUAUAAAAAAUUCUCGCACGACGGAUCUGUGGAAUUCCUUCAUGGACUUUCACAUAAAGAAAGAUUUUCUAAUUAGGCUAAGGAAGAAAGGAGGAGGAGGAGGAGGGGGAGAAGCUUCCCUAGAGAGAGGAGUAACAAGAGGAGGGGAGGUAGAUCACACUGCAAUGGAUCUACUCCCUGGGGAAGUAAACAACACAGAUGAGGAAGCGCUCCUCCUUGUGGACUCAUCUGAUUUUUAUAGGCCCCGAAAAGGAAGAAGUGGUAUCUCCUCUACACAAAUAAUAACGCAACAAUAUGGGCCAAACAAUAUUAUGCAUAUAUAUAAGAGAAAAGGAGAGUACAUAAUAGAUGUGUUGACUUUUUUAAAAUGUUUAUGUAAUAACUACCCUCGCUUGGUAAAGAAAUAUGUUUGUAUAUUGAAGAGUGUCAUUAAUCGGUACCAUUCUCGCAUCAUGGAGUUUUCCCAAAUGGACGAAGCAGUUUUUCACCACAAUGUUGAGCACCAAACGAAUGAGUACGCCAUGAGGAAGGCAAGCAACGACUUUGACCCUCUGUACAAUGUGAAGGAAAAUAAUUUAGCAAAUAUAAAUGAAGAAAGGAGAAUUAUAAUAAUGAAAUAUAAAAAUUUAAAAAUAAUAGCUGAAGAGAAAAUGAGAAUCUGUCUCGACUUUUACUCCGAUAUUUUUGUACACGUCUUAGACUUUGCCUCUGUUCUGUGUAACAAUCUGUAUGACCUCAAAUUGAUUGAACAUGUGGUCCUUUGCUUUAAGACUCCUCUCACGGCUAAUUUAAAUAUAUUUAAUUUAACGAAGAAAUUGUAUGACCAGUUUGUUUGUACUUUGAAUGGAAAGUAUAAUGAAUUUUCAAAAUUUACAAAUCAGCAACAUAUGUAUGAAAGGACCAAAAAUAAUGACAGAGGGAAUAAUAAUAAUAAUAAUGUGCUGCAUUUUUUAGAAGACAGAAAUUUUAUAGGUACGAAUAAAUUUAGUGAAAAGGAUUCGUAUAAGAAUGGUUUAAACGGAAAAAUUUUCUCACACCCAUGUGUGGAAGACGCAAGUGGAGUGGCAGGAAACUCUUCUGCUACCUUCCGCGCCACAGGAUCGUCAGCUACACAUGGUGAGGGAAGCAACUCGUUAGGGGCAAGUGGAGGUAGCAGCAACAACAACAGCUGCUACAUCACCUACCUGCACUACUUCAAAAUUUUGCUCAUUGAAAAAUUGUAUGAACAGAACAACGCACUCAAGGGCAUUUUGAAGAACCACCAAAUAUUGGAGUACAUACAAAACAAUAACGUUUAUCUGAACAACCUCAUAAAGGAGAAUGCUCUUGUGGAGAAGCACUUGGUGGAGCGGGGCGUGUUCAAGUAUGACCGUGCCAAGUAUGAGGGGUUCUGCAAAAGGCUGUCUCUGCAGAAGGACCACCACGCGGGAUGCGUGGGCGAGGCGAGCCGACUGCUGCAGGAUAUCACGCAGAGUACGGACAAGCUGCGCCCCUUCGCGGGAUGCCAGUUGGUGCACAGCGGGGCAGCGGCUAACGCGACCACGUCCAACUCGGCUAACCCGGCCACGGCUAACACGGCUAACACGGCUAACGCUGCCAACGCUGCCAACGCGGCCAACGCGGCCGCCGCUACUACCCCGCUCCUUGUGAAGAUCCUCGCGCAGGAGAACUGCAUCGAGUACCUCCUGGAGGAUAACAAGUUAACGGAGAACCUGCUGCGCGAAAACAACUUCCUCAAGAGCGAGUUCAACCUAUACGGCGUGGCGGAGGCGCUCUUCCAAAAUAAGUUAGACGAGGCCCAGCUGGAAGGGUUGAAGACAAUCACGCAAAACGAGUAUGAUGUGAAGCAAAUCCUCGAGUACGAAGAACAAAUAAAAAGCAUUAGUAAGAACAAGGACGGGUCCUACAACAAUAAGGAAGCAAUAAAAAUCUUCUUCGAAGAAAAUAAAAACGCAAUUGAUUUCUUCCUAGACAGCAAAAAUAAAUUGUCCAUCCUGAAAGACGACGACAUGGGUGCCACUAAUGAGGACAUUAUGAAUCGAGCAAAAGUCAUUCUUAAAAAUGAACUCCAAACAGAGAGGAAAGGGACCAAUAUCGAUGCAAGGUAUUUGCUGGCAAACAUAUUUGAACAAAAUGUAUACCCAUAUAAUUGCUUGAAGAUGUUAGAAAAGUGUCUCCUGUUCCUCUCCUCCGUCAACAAUAACAAAUUGUGCUACUACCUUCCAAUAAAUAAAAACCUGUUAAUUGAUUACAUCCUGUUGGAGCAUUACGAAGGGGGUAGCGGCGGAGCGACUAGCGGAGGAACAUCGAACUCCCUAAACCCUGAAAGCCUCAAAGCAGAGCUGAAGAAAAAUACAAAAUAUCACCUCGAGCAUGAAACAAACUUGUUUAAAAUAAAAAAUCGCAAAUACAAUAAUCUAAUUUCACUGGUCGACACGGAAAAUCUUAUCAAUGCAACACACUUCAAAAAUGUCUUCAUUCAUAAUUUGAAUUUACAAAACAAAGUCAGUGAAGCCAAGGAUAAGAAGAUUAAACAAUACAGAACCAUGCACCUGUUAGACAUUUUAUACGAAAUUAUUAAAACUAAAUAUAACUCCCAAAUAGAUGUCAUCGAUUUGAAAUGCCUUUGUAUAGAAAUCCUUUGCUCGAGCUUUGUGAAAAAUUCAUCCUCUGCUUUGUCCGUCCUGUGUACCCUUACGGAAGUCUUCCCCGAUCUCUUGCUCGAAGCUACAAAAAGAUACAACGAACAGAAUGACCGAGUGAAGAAGCACUUUGAACAAGUCGAUAGGUUGGUUUCUAUGGGACAGCUUAAGAGUAACACAUUGGACUUAUUAGCUAGUAACUUCUCCUUCCCCUACUUUAAUCUUAAAAUAAUUAUUACCUUUAUGAAGUGCAUAAAUUAUUUAAUUUACAUGGUCGGCAUUAAGAGGAAGUUCAAUCUCUCCCUGACCCGCGUCUGGCACUUCUUCAAUAACAUGGACAAAAUUGACGAGAUCGACAGAAAAAUUAGACGCAAAAGGCAGCAGCAGAGGCACGCACAGCGGCAGCAAGCAGCGGAAGAGGAGCAGCAGGAAGGAGGAGGAGGCGGGGGACACGACCCGAGGAAGAAGGGAUACUACUCCGAUCACCUACAAAAUGGAUACCGAAGCGGAAGGAAAACACCCAAAGAAAAAAAUUACAUUUUCUUUGACAUUUUUUUUAACUUUGAUCGAUUUUUUGAAGAACUCUACACGGAGGAUGAGGAGGAGCAAAGUCAGGGGGACUGUUCAGGUAGGGAGGACGGGGACCGCUACGACCAGCAAGCUUCCAGUGGUGGUGUAGGAGGAGCAAGCAAGCGGAAGAAGAAACACUCCACUAGUGUAACCCUUGGAGGGGGGACACAGAGUGGUGGUCGUAACCAAAACAGCGCAAGUAACAACGCAGGAGGAGUGGGUGCAGGGGGAGAAGCGGGAUGGAGUCUCACCGGGCGGAACCAAAACACAGACCCACAAAAUGAGGACGAGGACGACGUGUAUGAAAAUUGUUUAAAAAAAAAAUUAAUGAUUGAAGAUUCUGAAAAAAACGUAUGCAAGCAUUUAAUCCUACUCACCAACUACGUUGUUCAAAAUAUAUUUUACAAUCUUAUAAACAAUUUUGUAUUAAAAAAAAUUAGAGACAAGAAAUACGAGAAUGAAGAUCAGUUAGAUGAAAAUGUCAAGCUAGAAUUCUUCAUGAGUCAACAAGAGAACUCACUCUUCAGAAGGAGAUACAACUACUACAUGCAAAAGACGAAAAAUUUAGAGGCUCAUAUAAAUAAAUUACAAAACGAAAUUAAUGUUAACACGAAUAACAUUGUUCAAAUGGAACAAAUAUUAAAACAGAAUGCUGUUCCUUUUGAGCCAUAUGUUUUAGCUCAGACCAUGCUAAACAAGUCUUUUGCUGAGGUAGGAAAUUUUGGCGACAACCUUUGUUCUUAUCCCGGUGCAGCAUCAUCCAAUUUGUUAUCCCCUUCUCUCUUUAACCAACAGAGCACCACGCCAGGUGGAGUGUUUGGUACAGCCGGAUCGACUACUACUUUAUUCAACGAAAGAAAUCUUCUUGGGGUGAAUUCUUCACCUCUAUCGAGUGGGUUAACUAACACAGGGAAGACAACCGCCGCCGCGUCUCCCUUUUCCUUUGCAAGACAAAGUAACCAAGCGGGGGUCACAUCUAAUUUGGGCAUAGCCACCACUGGACAGGCCACUCAACAAUCAGGACUGCUAACCACAACGGGUGGUACAGGGAACCUCUUCGGUUCUGCAUCUAACAGUUUGAUGAAUGCCUCAACAGGAGGUGGUCUCUUUGGCACACAGAGGGCAGGAUCCCUUUCCGCCUCCCCCAGCAUGGCACAAGCACCAGCAUCAUCAUCUAUGGAGAAUACAAGAACAGCUUACGAGUCUUCCACGCGUUGGGCCUCCCCGUCUCACGCAGGGACGACAGCGACAACCGCGCUCGGGGCAACAACAACAACAACCCCUGCGACCAGCUUCUCUUCAUUCAUGUCUGGUGGAACUCUUAAUAAAGGAACGGCCAUGGGCACCACUGGUGGUCUAUUUAACACACCGACAAGUGCCCUAGUAACGAAUAGCAACGCGAACAAGCCAGCAGGAGGAUCUUCUCUCUUCGGGUCCAAUACGACAUCAUCCACAAGUUUGUUUGCCCCUGCGAACACCACAAAUAAUAGCGCAUUCGGGUUCAAUCAAAGCGGGGCUGCAUCUAACAGUGCCUUGCUGAGUAACACGAAUAAGCUUUUUGGCGCCCAGGCAGGGGGUACGUCCAAUCAGAUGCUUACACAAGGAGGAGCCUCAUCAGGAGUAACUGCAUUAGGUCAAGCAGGAACAAGUAUCUUUGGAAACACGCAACAGAGCGGAGGUAGUCUCUUCGGGGGCAGCAUGUCGUCAAACCAGAACCAGCAAUUCUUGCAGAACAACACAGGGUCUCAAUUUAGAAGUGCAGCAUCUACUAGUGGCGUAAACAAGCCCAGCUUAUUCACCCCAGUUAGCCAAAACAGCGUCUUCACGAACACGUCCCUCCUACCAGGCAGCAACACAUCCAACUCCUUAUUCAGUACGAAUAGGAUUGGCACGAAUGCAUCGUCCAGUACCCUUCUUAGUGGAAGUACAAACACGAAUAGUCUGUCUAACUCACUUGUUCAAAACAACGCAGCGAGCACCUUUGGAAGUGCUUUAACUUCUAGGGGACAACAGAAUCAGGGUUCAAGUUUUAUGCCUUCACAGAACACAAGUUUGUUUUCACAAGGGGCGGCUACUACUACUUCCUUCAGUAGCAACAACCCCACCAUGCAGAAUCACAUGAGUAACCAAGCAAUGCUUUCCAAUUCAUCAUUUGGUCUUAUGAACAAAUCUUCCGCUUUAGGUGGUGGCGUCACAGGGACAACGACGCCCUCCUUUACGAGUAUGUUAGGAGGGGGGAACACCAAUUUGUCAAGCCUAAGCAGUGGUAAUAAUUUAAGUGGAGGCACUUUAUUCGGUACCCAUAACGUGUUGGGACAGAGCAAUGCAGGAAAUCUCGCCACCGUAAGCAGAUCAAACACAUCGCUGAAUCUUUUUUCAGGACAAACGAACUCAUCCCUGCUGUCAGGUCAGGCUGUUCCUCAAAGGACGGGCCUGUUUGGAAGCGCCAACUCGUUUGGGGCGUCGCUGCAGCCAGGUGGGCUAGGCGGGCUAGGAGGUGUGGGAGGAGCAGUGCAGAACGUAGAGCAGCUUAAGAGUCACUACGAAAGUUUGAAGGCAAAAACCAACGCACUCUACGCAGAGGUGUACAAGUACCGCUUCGAAUUGAAAAAAAAUGAAUACAACCUGUUGAAGGAAAAGAAGAUUCAAGUAAUAAAAGAAAACAAACUGAGAGAAACGAAGAGUAAGGCGGACAUCAAUUUUAAGGACAGAGAAAUGUACGUCUUAAUAGUGUUGGUUUUUAUGUAUUUUAAAUUAAUUCUGAAAGGACCACUACCCCUAAAUGAUAAUAACAGAAGUAUGAACAGAGUGAUGAAUGAGCGGUUCGACUUUUCUUGUGACUUCAGACCUACCAUGUAUCUGUUUGAUCAAAUUUUAGGAGAGUCCAAUAAGUUCAUGAAUAUUUUCCUGAAUGUAAUUUUCUUGGACAAUAUAAUGCAUGAGGAGAAUCGGGCUCUUCAGGAAAUGAUCUUCAAGUGUAAAAACUAUGUAGAUUAUAUAAGUGUGUGCAACCAGAGGAAGAGCCUCUUCCUUAGGAAAGGGGGGGGAAGUGAUGUUAACGCUCCUGCUUGUGAGAAGAGCGACGUUUUCACUUCAGCCACGUGUCAGGUCUAUUACGAAAAGAAGAUGCAAUACCUCACCUGUUCCUACUCGAAGGGCUUCUACACUUCCUUAUUCCUGUGCAGAAUAAAGGGGUUAGGGUUAGACCUCCUGAAAAUCCUCUUCGAGCGAGAUGUCCUCUUCAUCCAUAUGUAUACCCUGUGGAAAAAUGAAAAAAUGUUACACAAGAAAAUUGACAAAUUUCAUUUCGACAUUCACUUGGUCGAUGCGAAUGCUUCGAAGAGUGAGGUUGUGACUUCGUCUAGCACAGGAGGAGGAAGGGUAGGAAGUAAAGCCAUUUCCGGACCCAUUGUCGGAGGAGCUACUGGAACAGUUGCCACAGAAGGAGAAGAAGAUGGAGGAGAAACAAUUACAGGGAAAGAUAUAAGCGUAACAGAAUCGUUGUGUACACCCAUGUGCGUUCACAAUUUUUUGUUUAAAAAUAUUAAUGUGAACUCCAGGACCACCUACCUCGUACUUUUAUUAAAAAAUUUCCUGAGGACAAAAGAAAUGGACAAGCUCAUCAUAUAUCUCAUCCUACAAAUUUUCGUUCGCGAUUGUAGAACCACCAUAAAUAUACUUAAAAGGGAUAAAGAAUCCUUCAACUUUUUAAAAUAUGCUUUGCGUACCAUUUUUACAUUUCACCUGAACAGACAGAAAUUUAACAACUGUUAUGUCAUUUCGAAUAGGACCAUUCAGAUGGAAAAAAUUUUACAUAACUUUAUCGACUUACCCCUCUUGUACUACCUCCGACGGUCUCCUAGCCGUACGGAAAACAAAACGUGUGUAGUAAAUGCGAAAAUGAAAAGAAGAAUGGCCAACCACCAAGGGGGGGGGGGCAUGAUGCGCAAUAAAGAAGAAGUGCUGAACACAACCAACUGGUUAACCUACUUGAAAAAUCAGAAGAAGAGAAACGGGUGCGGAAUGGAAGACGAGGAUAGUGAUGUGCGUAAUGAAAGUGAGGAAGAUUAUUUGCAGGAGGGGGAGCGAAGAGCACGCCGAGGGGGAAAUUUUCACUCACGAAGGAAAAGACGAAUGGCCACACUUGUUGAUGCAGAACGAAUAGCUAAUGGAGGAGGAGCAGCAGAUUCUUAUAUGAAUGAUACAGAAGGAAACUUGCAUGAAGAGGAUUAUGAGGAUGAAAGUGUCUCGUAUGGGGACACGGAUCAGUACGACGACAGUGAGGAGGGUGAAUACGAGGAGGACAGUUACUCACCAUGUGGUGGAAGGUACACGCAGGAUGAGGCUUAUGAUGAUGGGCUCUCCUACGAGGACAGCGACGAGGGUGAGGAUGAAGAUCAAGAUGACUUGAUGAAGAAGGACCUCCUCUACAUGAGCGAUAACGUAUAUGGAGGUGGCAAAAGCAGAGGAAGGGAAUUAAAAAGGUCCUACAGAUCUGAGAGACGACGAGUCCCCUCCAGACGGAGACUCACAGAACCACAAAUGGAUGAAGAACUAUUAACCACGUACCGACGUAUGAAAUUGAAAAAAAAAAAAAAACAAAUAAAAUAUAUGUAUGAUUACCUGUCCGAUAAUGAUAUUAUCGAUACCAUUAAGAGUAAAAAGAUAUGUGUGUUUUACGACAAUAAAGAAAAGGAAGAAGACAAGGACAACCUGAGUUUGUAUAAUAUCACUUGUGAAGACAGAAGUGAUAACUACUGCAGGGAAGACUACUACAGAGAGGUCAAGUCGAUUGACUCCAACGUCGUGGGGUAUUGCAGCUCGUACAAUCUUCUUCCCAUUAACAAUUUCUACACAGAGAAGUACGAUUUCCUGGAGACCGAGCUCGUGCACGUCAGCGACCUCAGGCUCUACCUCUAUGUCAAGUCGUUCAAGCGCCACACGUACUUUAAGAGGAUGCUCAGGAUUGAAAACGCGGUCGCAGGGGGGGGUAGUAGCGGUGGCGUUGGCGUUAGCGUAGGAGAAAGACAGGACGCGCCGAACAGCUCUCCGAACAGCUCUCCGAUCACGUCACCGAUCACAUCACCGCCUACGGCGAACAAAGCCACCACCCCCAACGCGCAGGAGCAAAAGGGAGGAAAAGCCCCAGUUGGUGUAGGCGUGGGAAUGGGUAUGGGCAUGGGCCCGAGCAGCGACGUGCAGGGAGGUCACAGCGCGCAUGGCGGCCACGUUGGCCCCCACCCCGCGCAGGAACAAGCCCAGGCGUUCGCCAACCAACGCAACAGCUACGACAAAACGGACGAGGCAAAAGACAUCGAAAAGACAAUCGAGAGGGAGUUGAAAUUCUACGACUUUUUCAACCGCCUGAACAAAUUAAAUGAGAACAUGUUGUUCCCAAGCAGCUUUCACGACAACAGAGGAGACGAACAAAUGAAAUAUUUUGAUCACAUAAAAAAAGCGAUUAGUGGUGAAAAGGAAAUAUAUGGCAAGACAUACCAAGAGGAGAAUCUUCUUAUUCCGAUAAAGGAGUUGCUGAAAGAGAAAAAGGAAGAGGCAGCCAAAACCCUGAGCAAUGAAAUGAGGAGAAAACAAAUCUUAUUGAAUAACGAACUCUGUGAAUGGAUCGAACUUAGCCAUCUUGUUAAUGUGGACAUUGAUUACAACGACAUAAGAGGACUGAACAAAAAUCGGGUCCUCAACAAUUAUAGUAAAAUUUCCAUCACGAAACUUAUUCUUUACUUUUAUGAAGUGCUAACGAGAAAGUUUCUGUUCCUAAACAACUCGGACUCAUUGAUUGAGAAUUGUGUUUUGUCUCUCCUGGGUCUUUCAUUCAUUCCAGCCAAGCACAGUGACAAGAAAAAUGUACUCACCACCGUUGAAGAGGGCAUGGAGCUCGAGCAACAGUGCUUCCUCAGCACCAUGAUUGACAAUGUCAUUGUUGAUUUUUCCUCCUUGGAGAGCGUGCGCGAGUUGAUACACGUCGAUUAUUGCCCCGGCGGGGAAGACGUGAACGCGGUAGAAGACGUGCAUGAGGUGAACGCGGUGCAAGGACUCGAAGAGAUGGAGGAAGAUGAUGAUGAAGAUGAAGGGGUGAAGAGUUACACCGACUCGCCCUUCCCAGAAGGGAACCGUGUGGAUACCCCUUACACAGGAGAACCCUCCUCAAAAAAACGAGCCAAACACACCGCCAACAAGGAAAGGAAGAGCGACUACUACAAAAACAAUAUCCAUCUUAGUAACCUGAACAACUGGAGGCAAUACAAUAUAUUCGAAAAAAACUCCUACCUGACCAAGAGUCUUAAUAUUAUAUACAUGAUUGUAAAAAAUAAAAAAAUCAAGGACUACAUAAUUUUUCUCUUAACCAAAAUGUGGGUAAAUAAAUUCAAUGUGUUUUAUUACCUGACCCAAAAUGUAAAUGUACAAAAAUUAAAGGAUACAGAAAAAAUCGUUUUUUUCAGAAUUUCAUUUCAUAUGUUAAAUGUCUUUGUUCCUAUAAUUGAUAAUAUAUUAAAUAAUAUUGACAAGCACGUGGAGCAGUUCAUGGAUGUGAAUUUUUCCUUGGGGGGGAAUGAAGAGGAGGAAAAGGAACAAAAAAGUGAAGACAAAGCGGGAAAGGGUACAAAUGAACAGUCAUAUAAAAAUAAGCAAGAGAAAAAAAAAGGAAAACAAAAUGUUAACCCAUUUGACUCCAUCAUUAAUGAAGAAAAUUUCCAUGAAAAAAAAACACUUUUCGAAUUUUUAAACCCAAUUUUUAAUUGUGAGAACGCGAAUAAUUUCAUCAGCCAUUAUUUACACAUGAUUAAAAAUUACAACGACAAUUAUUUGAAGCAUUACAUUUAUCAUUACUAUUUGUUUAAUUAUGACUUCAACUUUCAGAGCGUUUUUAAUUUUUCCAAUGUGGAAUUUUUGCACUAUGUGAAGAAUGACACUGGUGUGCAGACGGAGGGUGUGCAGCUCUCUGUGGACAGAAACGUUCAUGUGUUAUACACGAGCAUCAUCAACACGUAUGUUAACUUUUGGGGGGUUCGCACUGCUGUUGGCGCUUCUGCACGCGGUGGGGGAGUGCCCGCGGCGCUCAUGCGCAGGUACGACGACCCGCUGUCGCAGGAAGAUGCUUUGGUCGACCUGGGCCCACAUGAAAUGCCCAGCCAAAAUGAACAAAACGUGGAACAUGUACAAAGGAAUAAUCAUAUGAACAGUUCAGGCAAAAAUUUCAACUUUGAACAUUUGAAUGAAAUUAUUGGGAACAAGACUUACCUGCGCAGAUUUCUGAACAAGUACUACCUUAAUCGUAGUAGCCUUCAUGGUGAUGGUGGCAAGGUGACUCUAGGGAGGAGGUCUUCCAAGGGGUCAGCAGCAGGUACGACUAAACGGGUACGGCGACAUGCUAGCCGAGCGGGGAAUCGAGCCAGUGGGGUACGCUCCAAGCAAAAAUGCUUAGAAAAAAGUAUAUACAUUUUUAACAGCCUAAAUUAUUUAAACAUCAAUUACAAGAAUUGGCUAGUGGUCUACAAGACGUACAUUGAAAAGGUCACCUACCUAGUGGACCUUAUCCUUAAGAUUAAAAAUAACAGAAUGAACAAAAAAAUAUAUUACUUAAAAAAUUACUUGUACAUAAUUAACAACAUACAAAAGCAUCUGAGGGGAAUCACGUCCAUUAUCAAGUCUUCUCACUACAUUAAUUUUAAUAUUCAGAUAACCCCUAUUAUGUUUAUUGUGUAUUUAUUUAUUACCAUUUUUUUCUUUUCGCAUAAUAAUUGUUUUGCGUUUAGCUACCUGGCGCGCAACAACCGGGGGCUUAAAAACCUUCUCAAGGGUAAGAAGGACACCUUCUCCUUGCGUAGUGGGCAGGACGAGUCGGAUGAGGAAGCAGAUCGUCAAGUGGAUGGCCCAGCGGGUGGACACACGGAUGGUGCAAGAACAAACCCCCCAAGGACAGAAAAAAACACACAACGUGAUGAUGAGGCAUACAAAAUUGAACAUUUGAAAUAUCACAAAAAAUUAAAAAUGUCCAAUUUUUUCUCGAAAAAAAUUCUGAACAGAGAAUUUGAGGACAACGUGUUGAGGCUUCCAAAAAGUUCUGGUGACUCAGAGUACGAUGGAGGGACCGUCAUGUCUUCUGCGUCUUCCUACACAAGAAACUCCCUCUUCAGACUUAGAGACAAUAAUGGUACAACGUAUAUACCUACUGUUAGAGGAGGGAAAAAGUACAAUGAAGGAACAGCUUUCCUUGCACGGGACGACGAGGUGGAGCUUCUCCAACACAUUGGAGGAAAGAAAAAAAUACAUUACGAUGUACACAGCGAGUAUGCUAAGCUAAUUUUAAAAAGCAAUGAGUUCUUUGAUGACCUGUUAGAGUUAUUCAUUUUAUUAAUUACGAAGAAGCACCCCAUUUUAAAUAAGUACACAAUUAUCUACAUAUACGAAUGCCUUUACACGUUGCUGAACAUAUAUCAUUACAAUUACAUGCACAGUGGGGAAGAGAACAACAUUGGGCAGACAAAGAAUAUGUUCCUGUCCCUCAUGAAACGAAUUGACCAAGAUGUACUUAACGAUUUCAUAUGUAACCUUUUUAUGGACUCGUACAAGAAUUUUAUCACAAACAGAAAUUUUAUUAUCCCGAUUUAUUUCUACAGCAAUGUGUAUAAAUUUAUUGACUACAACACGGAAGUAUUUCUGUACACAAAUGGGGAUAGUUCCUCUCGGGGCGGGGAGCGUUUGUUUUGGAGUUCAGGACCUACUGCAUUGCUUGAUGAGGAGGACCCAUUCGAGGAAGACACCGACUGGGAUGACAAGUACGGCACGAAUGGGGUGAAGAGGAGGAACCUCGUGAAUUUCCAUUUUAAGGAGCAUCUCAAAAAUAAAGUCCACCUGAACAACCGAAGUCUAAACAUAUAUGAGGAAGCCUUCUGCUGUAGCUUCUUCUACAAUAGAAACGACCUGAACGUGUUAAGCAUUAACUUACUCAUUUUCCUUCUGAACAAGAUUGGAAUUCACGAGAUUGACAUUAAGAUAGACGAAGAAAAUAUAAAAAAACUGAUUAAGGGCAAUUUAUUUCUUAUUCAUAAUGCAAGAGAACAAAACCACAAUGAUGAAAAAAUUUUACACACAUGUUUUUUACUCAGCUCCCUUUGUGACACCACAUACGUUAACGAGUUUGUACAAAAGCCAGAUCUCUUCAACUUAUUUCUAAGUAGCAAUAUAUUUGAUCAUUUAUAUGAAUAUAAAUUUAAUUACCUUUGUUCAAGUAUUCCUUUUUUAACUUUCCCCACCAACUUUCUAGACAAUAAGAAUAUAUACCUCCCCCGACCCUCUCUCAUCAUUUCCUAUGUGACUGUUAUUUUGAAGGUGGUUGAUAAAAAGGGUCUUCAUUUAUUUAGGUGGAUUGGAAAUUGGGUUAUAAAAUAUAUACACAUUUUUGUGAACCAUUUGAUUGUGAAUAAUUAUUUGAUGAAGGCCAAGGAGAUCACUCAUGAGGUUAAUAACUUUACCACUUACAAUCACGAGCUUGUGUAUAAGUGUCUCUGCUACUCUUGCACAUGCAACUUUGUGAAGAAAAGAGGCGGAGGAGGAGAGGGGGGACCCUCAGAUAGGGGAAGCGAUGGAAAAGGACCCAGUGGCGACCUUCGUGAUGGCCGUGGAGAGCGAGGCGAAGAGCCAGCAGGGACGUGGACCCACCCGGGACAACGACAUGCACAACGAGACUGGCUCACAGAUGCAAAGAAGGACAAAGGAAACUCAGAGGAAUUCAUAAACCACGCAAAUAUGGGGGUAGUUAAUUUAGAUGUGAUUUACGCCAGCACCUACUACCUUCUGAGGCUGUACAAAAAUUAUCUCCUGUACAUACACCAGAACUACCUCACGUUGAAGAAGCUCAAAAUAAUGAGGACGAAAAGGGGAGCAAAGGGACUUGGUUGCAGAAGUGUAGGUGCGAAGAAGAAGCGAAGUGGCCACGGAGGGAUGAUGAUGAUGAUGGGACAAGGGUUGAUUGAGUCGGACGAUGAUGAGGAAGGGGUUGGUCAUGAAGGAGAUCUUAUGGAGGAUGGUUCAGGAGAGAGCAGCGAUGAUGGUGCAAGUGAAAAUGAAAGUGGUGGGGAGGAAGGAAAGAAUCACGAUCCCCUUGGAAGAAUAAAUUCAAGGGGAAGAAAACAUGCAACGAAUGCCCUUCAAGGAGAGGACUACUAUGGCGCAGACUAUAAUAACUACUACGACGUCGAGCAGCACACAACCCAGUGUGGGUCCAGUCAACCACCUGAUGAACAGAGUAGGAGAGGGAGAAGUGGUAGGAUGAGGAUGGGGUCCCCUGCAAACAGAAUGUCCAAUGUUGAUGAUCUCUUUAUUGAAAAGAAAAUUCUUCACAAUCAGGCAGUGGCGUAUCCUGCCCAUGUGGAGCAUUACACACACCAUGCAUCUAAUGAGGAAGGGGUAGGAGGGGCAGGAGGCAACAGCGAAGGCGAAGAGAAUCUUUCAUUAGAUGCAAUGGACGCAUUAGAUGCAAUGGACGCAUUAGAUGCUUCAUUAAAAUUCGAAUACAAUGAAAUUUCCCUCAACAUAUGCAAUAUAAUAAAGGAGCACAAUUAUAUUCUGAACUACAUUAAGGACCUCCUAGGUAUCCUGUCCAUUUUCGUAGUGUACGACAUUAGUUUGAAUGAUGAAAAUGAAUUACUGAAUAAAAAUUUAAAUAAAACUAUGCUAGACAAAAGAAGAAAAAGUAUAAGAACACAUCGCAUUCUUCAAAACAUUAUCCCGAAAUACUCCAUUAAAUUUAAUUGUAUUAAUUUAUGCCUGGACAUUAUCGAGUAUGACAUUGGGCUGUAUGAUGAGUAUGUUCAAGAAUCUAAGACCAAGUAUUGUGAAUAUAUAAAAAUAAUUUUAAAAGUUUUUAUGAAUACCUGUUUUUAUUUUAUUAAUUUAAUAAAAUUUGAAAAUUUUAGUAUGCUUAAAAGUGUUUCCUUGGCCAUGAAGAAAUUAACAAAUAUCAUUUACUUUUUAUUAAAUAAUUUGACCUCCAAGGAAAAGUCUUGGCCUGAACAGAACUUUAUGCUCAACUGGUUGAUCUAUGACAGGGCUGGAGGAGCAGCUUGUUCCCCCCACGAUGCUCAUCAGGCGGGUCAUGGCGAGCACAACGAAUGGACUAACCAAGCGUACCAGUCCAACGAGCACGAAAUAAGCACGGAACUCUUUAACGCCGACUACAACCCGUUUGGGGAGAAGAAAGGAGGCGCGGCGGCCACGUCCACGUCCACCUCCGCCGCCGCUACCGCUACCACUGCCACUGCCACUGCCACUGCCAUGACGGGAGGGGUGGCCACUUCCUCCUCCGCAGAGAACGUGAAGAAAUUUUUUGAAAAUAUAGAAAUUGACAUUUACGUCAUGAAGAAAAUACUCACCUGCGUCAUCUACUUCACCUACGCCAUGCUGAACAACCAAAAGGUGAACCAAAUUAACAUUGAAAGUAUCAACCUCAAGCACAUUAACAGAAUCGAUUUGAAGAAGCUAGCCAACUCGUACCUGGAAAAAAAUAAUAUCCUCAACGUUUUCACCUUCAUCCUGCAACGCUCCACGCAGAUCUACUACCUCAUCUACAACUACGCCACGGCGGCGUCCAAGCGCUAA